AUGGCAAAAGGCUCAAAAGCCAUCCGCAGAGACCCGGCCUGUGGGACGUGCCGCAAGAAGUGCCGCAAGUGUGACCGCUCUCGUCCCUUCUGCAACCGAUGCAAGACCAAGGGUCUCCGGUGUGAGGGCUAUCCUCCCAGGUUCCAGUUCUGCGAACUCACCACGCCGGACGCCGCCGAGGAUGUCGUCAGUGCAGCUGUGGCCCCGGUCCCGGCCCUGCUUCCGAACUCGAGUCCCGGUUCCAUCCCCGGCGAGCAGGCCAGAGCCAUUACCAGCCCGAACGAAACGCGCAAGUUGAGAUUGAGCCCCCUGUCCAGCGUCGGUGCCGCCCCUUGCCAGAGCCAGCUGCCUCCUUCGCCUUGGGAAACAGACUCGUCUGCCUCGCCCCAGGAUGUCCGUCGCGGAGAGACUCUGUCGCCAGCUUCUGAUGCCCGCUUGCUCGAUGGCAUGCUGCUGAGCAGCGAAACGCAGAGGCUGCUCAGGUAUUGCCUGACCAUCGUGGUCGACGGCACCGAGAACCUGUUUCGGCGCUAUCUCCUGCCACUCGCGUGCCAGCACACGGGCGUCUUGCACGCCGUACUCGGCCUGGUUGCCUGCCACCUGCGGUCCUCCCGACGAGAUAUGAGGAAGGCAACCGAGGCCGAUGCACUGAGCCACCGGGUGGCUGCCCUCCGUAUCCUAGGAUCCCUGCUGAUUCAAGAGGAGGUUCAGGGUCUCAAGGCAGCCGAGGAGGAGGCGGUUCUCGCCAUGAUCCUGCUGCUGAUCUUUCAUGACAUCUGCGAGAUGGGUCUGUCGACCCACGGAACCCACUUGAACGGGGUGACAUUCCUGUGCGGGAAGAUUGCAUCUGGAUCGAACUUGUCAAGUAGAUCAGACUCGAUUCAGUUCUUCUUGGCAGCACUGGCCUGGCUCGACGUCCUCCGAGGUUUCAGCGGAGCAGAAAAGCUCACAUACUCGGAGAGCGUGCGGAAAUGCGUCCUCGAGAACGGGCGGGUCAGCCUACACACCCUGGUAGGCUGCCCGCCCAGCAUCUUCCAGCGCAUCGGGACCGUCCUCGAGGCCGCCAAGAGCUGGCUGGCCGGCACCACGGCCAACGCGGAGUUCCACGCCACGCUGCGGGACGCGGACACGUACCUCCGCGAGCUGGACCUGGACUCGGCCGAGUACCCGACGCGGCACCCGGAGUGGCGGCAGCUGGCCGAGGCGUACCGGCACGCGUGCCUGCUGCGGGUGAUGCGGUGGCCCGACACGUUCUCCGUGCCCUGCGAGGACGCGGGUAUCAGGGCGUCGGUGGGCGCGAUCCUCGACGCGCGCGCCAACAUCGCGGCCAGCUCGCCCUUCUCCAAGCGGAUGCUGUUCCCGCUGUUCCUCGCGGCGGCGGACACGACGGUGCCGCACCAGCUGCACUACGCGGCCAUCUCGAUCAACGAGAUCAGGAGGUCGACGGGGUUCGAGCACCCGGCCAUGAAGACGGUGCUGGAGCACGUGUGGGAGGAGAGGAGGUCCAACACGCGCGGCUGGCGCAAUGUGCCUUGGAUGGAGUUUACGUGUUCCGAGAGCUUGCAGAAGCAACACGCGUAUCUCUUCUUCUGA